UUCAAUAACAACAAUUUUGACAGCUGUCAACCUACAAGUGAGUCAUAUUUAUAAAUAUUAGUGAAUAUUGUCCCUAAUUCAACUAAAAAAAUGGAGUGGUUAUUUGGAAAACGCCUCACCCCCGAGGAAAUGCUACGGAAAAAUCAGCGCGCCCUUAACAAAGCCAUGAGAGAUCUGGACAGGGAAAAACAAAAAAUGGAACAGCAAGAAAAGAAAAUUAUUAACGAUAUUAAGAAGUUGGCCAAAGAAGGUCAAAUGGAUGCUGUAAAGAUAAUGGCACGAGAUUUAGUACGCACAAGGCGAUAUGUUAAGAAAUUCAUGCUCAUGAAAGCCAACAUUCAGGCUGUUUCGCUGAAAAUACAAACACUUAGAUCUCAAAAUACAAUGGCCCAAGCAAUGAAGGGGGUUACUAAAGCUAUGGCAAGCAUGAAUCGUCAAUUAAAUCUGCCGCAAAUCCAACGGAUCCUACAAGAUUUUGAGAAACAGUCUGAAAUAAUGGACAUGAAGGAAGAGAUUAUGAAUGAUGCUAUUGAUGAUGCAAUGGAGGGUGACGAUGAUGAAGAGGAAAGUGAUGCCAUUGUUAACCAAGUUUUGGAUGAGUUGGGUUUGCAGCUUGGCGAUGCUUUGUCAGGUUUGCCGCAAACUUCGGGGGCGCUGCCGUCUCAAGGUCAAAAACAACCGGCUGCAGCCGCCGCGGUGGCUGGAGGGGGAAAUGGGGGCAGCAGUAUGUCAGAUGCAGAUGCAGAUUUACAGGCUAGGUUGGAUAAUUUGAGACGAGAGUGAUAUCUGAUUAUUUUUUUUGUUUGUUAUUAUUUUAAGUAUGCUACUUUUUGCUAAAUGCUAUUAAAGUAAGUUUUUUUUAAUUGGAAUUAAUUUGGAAUAUUAGUGAAUUUGGGAAUAUGAAACAUAUGUUUAUAUUUAUAUCCUCUUGAUGUUAUAAAAUUCUCCAUUUUAAAAACAUCAUAACCAAUUUUAUGAUAAUAAAUUACUGCCCCAUACCCAAAGAUAAUACCUAAAAUUUGCCCAUAGUAACUUAACCACAGAACACAAAUCUGUCAUAAAAAUUACAAAUAUAACAAACUUCACUUAUAGCCCCAGAGGUAGUGACAGACUUAUUACAUAAAAUGCUAUAUUUUUCCCACAAUAGUUUAAACAGAAUUAAUGAUGAAAGUGCAAGUCUACCAAACUUUAAGUAGAGGAAACAUGAAAAAUUUAAAAAACA